AUGUCACUCGAAGCAAAAACAUUCACGAACAAAUCUAAUGGCGAAACAUUCACAAAAGGCACUUAUAAUGGUAUUGAAGUCUUACGUAGAGACAAGGAUGGUUACAUUAAUGCAACAAAGAUGGCAAGAGAAGCGGGAAGGUUAAACCAUUUAAACAGAUUUCUCAAUAGUACUAAAAUGCAGGAAAUUCUUGAGUUUUGGAUGAACGAAUACGGUCAAGCCAAAAGUGGCUCGACCUCAUAA